AUGAUUGGUGGGGAGGGGGCGGCCUCAACAGCCCUACUAACCAGCAUGUACAUGGCUGAGUUAGCUAAAAAGUUCAACGCAUAUACAGUGUUGUUAGAGCACCGGUAUUACGGAGAGUCUGUACCCGUACCUGAAUUGUCGACAGAAAACCUGAAAUACUUGUCGAGUGAACAGGCGUUGAAAGACACCGAAGAGUUUAUAUUGAAUUUGAAGAAAAAGUUGUCCCUCGAGUCCAAUAAAUUGGUGGAUCGUGCCGGAAACCUCGCCGCUUGGUUUAGGGAGAAGUACCCCAACAUAGCUGUCGGUGCGAUCGCCUCAUCGGCACCAGUGGAGGCGGAGGUCGACUUCAAGGAGUAUUUAGGAGUCGUUAGCACAGCGUUAAGCAAACAGUGUUCCGACAAUAUUAGGAAAGCGUUCAAACAGUUGGACGACGAGCUGAAGACACCGUCAGGUGUGGCCAACAUUAGGAAACUGUUCAGUUUGUGCGACACAUUCACGGGAACUAAUGCUAUGGAUGUCCACUAUUUCCUGCAGUCGUCAGUUGUGGGUCUUGAAAGGUAUGUUCAGUACAACUCAAAGGCACAGAUGAAUCAGGUGUGCGCUAUCGUCAACGAUGAGAAACGCGGGGCCACACCCUUGGAAAGGUAUGCCACACUAUUCCAGGUGAUGCCCGGCCAGUGCCGGUCCAUUCAGUACAAGGACUUUGUGGCCGGACUGAAGGCCGACCGAAGUGGCUGUAAUUUGGCAAACACUCGAAACUGGAUAUAUCAGACGUGCACUGAGUUUGGCUACUAUCAGACCACUGGCCAUAAGGACAGUGCGUUCGGUGCGAACCUUCCCGUAGAGUUCUUCACCAAUUGGUGUACCGAUGUUUACGGACCCGAAAUCAUGGCCCAAACCGUACGGAAAGCCGUUGACAAUACAAACGCCUAUUACGGGGGAUAUAAACCCGUUGUGACAAACGUCGUGUUCCCCAACGGUUCCAACGAUCCGUGGCAUCAACUCAGUGUCCUCCACGACCUCAUCAACUCAACCAAAUCUACGGUAAUUGAUGGGUACGCCCACUGCGGCGAUAUGUACGCCCCCACCGGUGCCGACAUCUGA